AUGAUUGUCUCUAUAGCUUUGGCUCUCCUGCAAGAUGCAGUGACAUAUGAGGAUGUUCAUGUAAACUUUACUCGGGAAGAAUGGGCUUUGCUGGAUCCUUCCCAGAAGAAUCUCUACAAAGAAGUGAUGCUGGAGACCUACAGGAACCUCACUGCUAUAGGCUAUUAUUGGGAAGACCACAGUUAUGAAAAGAAUUCUCAAAAUUCUAGAAGACAUGGAAGGCAUCUUCAAAGGGAAGAAAGAAUUUACACUGGAGAGAAAACCUAUAAACGUGUGCAAUGUAAUGAAGUGUUUUCAAGUCACAGUCAUCCUCAGAUACAUAAAAGAAUGCUCACUGGUGCCUUUGUAUAUGAUAGUGGUCUUCAAAUACAUAGGAGAACACACACAGGAGAGAAACCCUGUGAUUGUAACAUAUGUGGUAAAGCCUUUGCAUGCCACUGCCAUCUGCAAAGCCCUAAAAGAACAUAUACUGGAGAGAAGCCCUAUGAAUGUAAACAGUGUGGUAAAGCCUUUUCAUGUCACAGUGCUCUUCAAAGGCAUAAAAGAACACAUACUGGAGAGAAGCCCUAUGAAUGUAAACAGUGUGGUAAAGCCUUUUCAUGUCACAGUGCUCUUCAAAGGCAUAAAAGAAUACAUACUGGGGAGAAGCCCUAUGAAUGUAAACAAUGUGGUAAAGCCUUUGCACAGACCAGUAAUCUUCAUAGUCAUAAAAGAACACAUACUGGAGAGAAGCCCUAUGAAUGUAAGCAAUGUGGUAAAGCCUUUGCAUAUCACACUGCUCUUAAAAGGCAUAAAAGAAUGCAUACUGGAGAGAAGCCCUAUGAAUGUAACCAAUAUGGCAAACCCUUUGCUCCUCACAACCAUCUUCAGAUUCAUAAAAGAACACAUACAGGAGAGAAGCCCUAUGAAUGUAAACAAUGUGGUAAAGCCCUUUCAUGUCACAGUGCUCUUCAAAGGCAUAAAAAAAUACAUACUGGAGAGAAGCCCUAUAAAUGUAAACAAUGUGGUAAAGCCUUUACACAUAACAGUGUUCUUCAGAGUCAUAAAAGAACACAUACUGGAGAGAAGCCCUAUGAAUGCAAACAAUGUGGUAAAGCCUUUGCACAGCACUUUCAUCUUCAGAGUCAUAAAAGAACUCAUACUGGAGAGAAGCCCUAUGAAUGUAAACAAUGUGGUAAAGCCUUUGCACAGAAGAGUUAUCUUCAGAUUCAUAAAAGAACACAUACUGGAGAGAAGCCCUAUGAUUGUAAACAAUGUGGGAAGCCCUAUGAAUGUAACCAAUAUGGCAAACCCUUUGCAGUAAACAUUGAUCUUCAAAUACAUAAAAGAACACAUACGAGAGAAAAGCCCUAUGAAUGUAAACAAUGUGAUAAAGCUUUUGCUUGUCACAGCCAUCUUCAAAAACAUAAAAGAAUACAUACUGGAGAGAAGCCCUAUGAAUGUAAACAAUGUGGUAAAGCCUUUGCACAGAACAAUGUUCUUCAGAGUCAUAAAAGAACACAUACUGGAGAGAAGCCUUAUGAAUGUAACCAAUGUGGUAAAGCCUUUGCACAGAACAGUCAUCUUCAAAGGCAUAAAAGAACGCAUACUGGAGAAAAGCCCUAUGACUGUAAACAAUGUGGUAAAGCCUUUGCACGGAACAGUCAUCUUCAAAGGCAUAAAAGAACACAUACUGGAGAAAAGCCCUAUGAAUGUAAACAAUGUGGCAAAGCCUUUGCAUGGAACAGUCAUCUUCAGAGUCAUAAAAGAACACAUACCCUAUGAAUGUAAACAAUGUUGAAAAGCCUUUGCCCAUCAC